AUGUCACAAACAAAUCCAGCUCUAGUUGUCGUUGAUCUGCAGGAGGAUUUUCUCCCUCCGACUGGGUCAUUGGCCGUGCCUCAGGGAAGAGAGGUGAUUGAUCCGAUCCUACAGUUACUGGACCUCGAAAAGUACAAUUGGAAGACUAUCAUUGCUACUUUGGACUGGCACCCAUCAGACCACACUUCCUUUGCCAAAAAUCACGGCCAGGAGCCUUACACCACGAAGCAGUUCAGACACCCGCACAACGGAACCGUCAAGGAGCAGAUGCUCUGGCCAGUCCAUUGCGUGCAGCACAGCAAGGGCGCCGAGCUCGCACAGGAGUUCAAACCUGUUUUCGAGGACCUGCUACAAAAACAGCCGGUUCCUACCUACACCGUGAAAAAGGGCUAUUUGCAGGACCGCGAGUACUACUCGUGUUUCCAGGACACCUGGGGGCUCCACCACACGGAGUGCGAGAAGAUCCUGCGCGAAAACGGAAUAACGCAUGUUUUCACUGUUGGUUUGGCCUACGACUACUGCGUCCUCAACUCGUCUGUGGAUGCUGCGGACCUUGGCUUCCAAACGUAUGUUUUGAAGGACUGUUCGCGCGCUGUCAACCCGUCCGCCAACGAUAAGACCGAGAGCGUGUAUCGCGAGCACGGAGUGGAAAUCAUCAAUCUUCAACACGCUGCCCUCGCACAGGUGGCUAAAUAA